AUGUUGACCAGGGAGUGCGCGUCGGUCGUGCGCCGCAAGCUGUGCCUGCGGCGGCUGGCGCUGCACGAGGGUGCCAAGUCGUGCGGCGGCGGCGGCGGCGGCGGCGGCACGGGCGCGGGGGCGGCGGGAAUAGCGCUGCUACUGGGGCAGCCGGGGCAGAUGGAGGCGAUGGUGGAUCAAUGCCUUGACAAUAUGCCGGCGGACCUGAUUCGUGAGGUCGAGCAGGAGGACACUUUGGUCCGCAGCAUCACGGGCGUCGCGGCGCAGCGGCUGGCCGCGGCGGAGGCCGGGGAGCUACUGCGCACGAUGCGCGCCGCGGUGGACGCGCGGGGCCACCGGGGCCGCGGCGCGCUGGGCCUGGGGUGGUGGUAG